GGAGGGAACGGCGCUAGAGCACACAAUGGUGCAUUGGUAAGGAGAGAUGAAGCAUAUCAUAAUUGCGAUCAUUGCCGUGCUGAGUGUCCUGCACAGGGAUCAGCUGCUGGCCACGGCCAAGGGCUGUCCGCGUCGCUAUCUGAGGCGCAUCAAUGGCAAGUGCUACUAUUUCUCAGUGAAAAAGAUGAACUGGUUUGGUGCUCUCAACAAUUGCCUGCGCAAGGGCCUCACGCUGGCCGAUUUGAGCGAUGCACGAGAUUUUUAUGGCGCCGUCGAGUUUCUCAGCUCCAAGGGCAACACGGAGGACUUUUGGUUUGGCGCCAAUGAUCUGCAAACGGAGGGACGCUUUCAGUAUAUCAGCAAUGGCCGCCUGGUGCGAUACUAUAGCAACUAUAGCAUUGUGGAGCCGGCAGAGCAUUCGGAGUGCGAUGAUUGCCUGGAGGUGCGUAUACGCAACAACUUGACUGUUGUUGCCGAUGACAAUUGCCUGGAACGGCAGUAUUUCAUCUGCUCGGAGCGGUACUGUGAUGUGGCCGUCAGUAAGCCUCGUCAUCACAGUCACGAGCAUUUGCAUCACUUCCAUCACGACAUCGGCGAGGCUAGCGACGCGGAGGGCGAAAUGGAAUUAAAUAAUGCAUCGCCAGAGAAUAUUGAGGAGCAGCAGGCCGAUAAAAACGAAUCAGAGGAGGCAGCCAAUCCGGAAACACCGGUGAAUAACGGUGAUGAAGGAGAAAUGACUACUGAGAGAGGGGAGGACACAACACCAACAGCUGAGGAAGGAGAAACGCCAGCUGCAGGGGGAGACGACGCAGCCCCACCAGCUGAAGGAGGAGAAACGCCAGCUGAAGGAGGAGAAACGCCAGCUGAAGGAGCAGAGGGAGCAGCACCACCAGCUGAAGAAGGAGAAACGCCAGCUGAAGGAGCAGAGGGAGCAGCUCCGCCAGCUGAAGGAGGAGAAGCAGCACCUGCCGAGGGUGCAGCUCCGCCAGCUGAAGGAGGAGAAGCAGCACCUGCCGAGGGUGCAGCUCCGCCUGCUGAAGGAGGAGAAGCAGCACCUGCCGAGGGUGCAGCUCCACCAGCUGAGGGAGGAGAAGCAGCACCCGCCGAGGGUGCAGCUCCACCAGCUGAAGGUGGAGAAGCGCCAGCUGAAGCCGCAGCAGCACCCGCUGAGGGAGGAGAAGCAGCACCUGCCGAGGGUGCAUCUCCGCCAGCUGAAGGAGGAGAAGCAACACCUGCCGAGGGUGCAGCUCCGCCAGCUGAGGGAGGAGAAGCAGCACCUGCCGAGGGUGAGGCUCCACCAGCUGAGGGAGGAGAAGCAGCACCUGCCGAGGGUGAAGCUCCACCAGCUGAAGGUGGAGAAGCGCCAGCUGAAGCCGCAGCUCCACCAGCUGAGGGAGGAGAAGCAGCACCUGCCGAGGGUGAGGCUCCACCAGCCAAAUAGACAGCAUCGGCAUAGGAACUGAUCAAGUAGACGCAUUCGAAAGAAACAAGUUUUACGUGUAAAAAAAAUAAUAAACCAAAUAAAUACAAUAAGCAAAUAAAAA